AUAUUUCUCUCGCUUGACGAGAGACAAUAACCACGGCAAAGCAGAGAUUGUCGCCCGCACUCUUGACUUGACAUACGAUCACCACUUUGCGACCUCAAACGACCUCUCGGACCAUCCUCUCAACCGCAAUCAUGGCUCCCCGCGCCCGCCGCCCAGCAAUGUACAACACACCCGCGAUCCGCACGGGCGGUAUGGGCCUCCUCCAAGUCGAAGCAAUCACCAACCGCCCCCUCUCCAUCCAACGCCGCCACCUCGCCGCCUCGGUCCUACGCAUGCGCGAAAUCGAGCCGGAUGAACUUUCAUCCAGCGAAUGGGUCGCGUUUCUCGUCAUGGAUACCCGCGAACGCGACCGCUGGAUCGCAGACUUCAGACAACGACGGAGGGCGAGUACGAGUUCGAGCAGUUCGAGUGGAUCGUCGGCGGCGGACAGAGGGAGAAACAGCUAUGACAAGGCGGAGGAGGCGAGGAGUGAAGCGGCGAGGAAUGUCGCUCCUGUUGCGUCUGCGCCUACGCCGGCGGUGAGGAUGGAUACUUCUGCGGCUGGGUCGACGCCGUUUGUGAGUUUGUGGGUCAGGCAUUUGGAACAGCUGGAGCAGGGUGACAGUGCUGGCGCUUCCGCGAGCGAGUACAAUGUUCGUCGUCCCAGACAUGCUCGCCGCUCUGUGGAUACUAUGGAUGCUCCGCCGACGUACGAUAUUGCGGUGAGGACUGGCACGCCACCGCCUGCUUAUGAGCCGAGAUCGGAUGAUGAGGAUUCUUCGCGGUCGAGGAUCCGGAGAUGGGCGGACUCGCAUUUGAGCAGGCCUUGA